UCGAAAAACGAAUUCGAUAUUUGGUGCCGUUCUACAUGAUCUUAAACUGAUACAUGCUAUGAAGCGAAGAACAAUUCAGAGAAAUGGAGCAGCAACGAGAAACCUAUAAUCUAGUUAUCAUUUUUGUUCUGACGAUCGCCAGCAUUCAUCAUGUGUCAUCAUCGAGUCAGAAUAUUAACACCAUUAAGACCAAUAUUGACUCCACUAAUGGUGAUAAAGUUACCAAUCACACUUGGUUGCAGCCCUUGAACACCACGACAACAAUCUAUCAAGAUUUCACAACCUAUUUGCCAACUUCAACGAGUGUAGAACCGGAAGAAAUACUUGAUUCUUCGGAAACAAAGAACGUUCUGAAUCGAUAUACAUCGCCAUUUUAUCAACAUAACGAGUAUACCAGAAAAGAUGAUGACCCAGAAGAGCCUUCAGAUUAUCCGAUACCAUAUUCGGAACACGAAAAAGCCAGAGAUGUGCCUACUAAACCAAAAUACGUGGCUCCUGGAAUCUGGGCGAAGCCGUCACCUGAAAAAAACAUUACCUUGGACUUCGUGCCGACGAGAUUGCAUGCUCAGGUUCGAGGCAGUCACACUGUGAAAAGAUUACCACAGCAGCAGGCGGUCGAAAGCGCGGAGACCGAUGAAGAGAAGCGUAAUGCAGCCAGAUUGAGGGAAGUUGUCACGAACACGAAGGUUAACACGGUGUACACUGAGGAGGGAUACGAGGAUUCAGCUUACGAUCAUGGAGGACACAUCAGAGAUGCUGAUUUUCACGAAGGAUUUGCGCGCAAACUUCACGAUCGUAAGAAAAGCAAACAAAAUUCUUUAAGCGAUAAAAAGAAGAAAGAGAAAAACAAGAACUUGGUGCCGGAUGAAUUCAAAGAGUAUGAGGAAGACUAUCAAGAUCAUUUGCAAGAAAAUAGAAAGUUCGAGGAGGAGGAUGAUGAAGAUAAUCUGAUAGGAUACGAUAGAAACAGCUGGGAAGAAACUGAAAUAGAUCCCAAAUUUAUUGCUAAAAAUAUCCAGAAACUGGAAGAAGAUAUAGAGAAGGAUGCUGAAGAGGCCGAGAGGAGUUCGAAGGUAUAUCAAAAUGCACAAGAAUCGAAACUUCGCCAUGACAAAGUUGACAGUUCGGAAUUGAAGAAUGAUGAAGAUUACGUUGAAGAUAAUGUAAAAUAUGAAAAUAAGUCUAUCAAGGCGAAAAAGAAGAAGAAAAAAUUCAAAUUGCGAAAUGACAAUAAUGUAAAUAAAGGGACAAAACAAUCACUCAAAUUAAAACAAGAGAAGGAGCUUUCUGAGAAUUACGAGACAACUGCGCUUUCAUUGAAAGAAGCAAGUUUAACUGAUGUUGAAACGUUGGCGAUUCCUCGUGGUUUUGUGAAAAAUUCUCCGAACUCGCAGAUAUCUCUCUCUAUUGAUCAGACGACUUUGCGCUAUGUCGCCCCGAUCACAACAGAUUUGUUCCAACAAAUCGACGAGCCUACGACGGUCGAUUAUAGUCAGCUUUUCUGGGAUUACUUCAAGGCGAAGCAAGAUCCAUCGAUCAUCGAGUCGUCUACACUCGUGCCGAAUUUGACAACUAUGAAUCCGCAGGAUGAAACGCGAACGCCGAUCGCGAUUGCGACCAUUGACGGUCACGGUCCGUACCUUCUAGUGACAAAAGAGGAAACUGUGACGUCGCCUUCGACAUUCCUCGAAGAAGAAUUUUCGAAUAGCUUUCGUCAGCGAGAUUUGUUCUCCGAUCAUGUGGGAUUCGAUCAGCCUUCCGUUCAAACACACGGCCGUCAUCUGCUCGAACAAAGAGACGAUACUGAUUACAUCAACAACGUGAUAACCACGUCCACAAUUGAGACGUUCACCAAUAUGCAACCUUUGCCAUCAUUAAGUCCUAAAGAUGUAGAAUAUUCAUCUUCGACUCUUUUUGACACUACAGUGUCCAGUAGCACCCCGGCUGUCAUGACACUCAAUUUCACCCAAGAAGCUAUCGCGCGAAUAGCUGAUUACCACGAAAAUCCUUUCCUCGGUCCUGUUCUCGACAACAGCAACAUCGCUGUUACUAGAAAGCUCAAAUAUAAGGUCUUGGCGAGAGCAAAACCAUCUCAUGAAAAGAAACCCGUUAAAUCAGUCACUCAAUCGUCCAAACAACAAGUUCCGACAUCAUCCCCCGUUAAAUUCAGUCAGUCAUCCCAUCAACAAAUUCCAUCAUCUUUCAAAGAAGGAAACGAAUACAAGAGGAUUCGUGAUGAAUUGAACGCGAAGUACAACAAGACGCUGAGUUACAUUAAAAACAAGCAAGAAACGCAAUUUUUUCCAAAGGAGAAGAAGGUUGUCUUUCUAAAAGAUCCCACCCCGAGGAGACCGCCAAUUCAACGAGCAGCAUAUUCAAUCUUUUUGACGGAUCAUCCUUUAACAGCAAAUCGUUCGAGCGUCUCUAUUGAAAGUGAAUCGUCUCGGGAGGCUAACUGGAAGAAAUUGAAAAAUCAACAGCGUUCUCAACCGAUCAAAUUACCGUUCCGUUUCGAUCCCUUCGAUCACAUUCAAUUGGUGCCUUCAAUCUAUCGCACAAAUUUACUUCCGACCACAAAAUUAUUGCCACCGCCACCGCUGCCGUUCACAAAUGCUUACGCCAAUUACCGUAGCAAUAAGCAGAACGACAACUAUCAUUUUUAUCCCAGCAGCAAACCACAACAGCAUGAUAACGCAUUUAAAUUUUUCCCUUUGAGUUCCGAAACAAGCUGGAGAACGCGAUCGCGAAGAAAAAGAUCCAACGAAGGUGAAUUUCGCGACGGCGCGGACGUUAAUGUGAAAGCAACAGCAAAUAAUGGUGUGACCAAUGACUAUAAUAAUAAAUCGUCAAAACAAGAUAAAAGUUCAUUUGAUAGGGUAAUCGAUAGAUUAAAAGGAAAGUCGAGUCGGAAAGCAAUUCAUGCACCGAUCACUGUUCCAGACGCUAUGAAAUUAACAUUCUUUGCGAGAUUAAGAGGAGACCAGAGCGGAACAUCCAGCAACAAAAAUAAUAUUGUCUCUCAACCAAUUUUAAUCCAAUCGGCAAAGCAAAAUGAACGAAUGAAUGAUACGGAUGUUGUAGAAUUGGCAAAGAAGAGCACAGGUGUUGGAAAUAAAACGUAUGUGACAAGAAACUUGAAGAACGAAGCAAACGAAAAAGAUUUUGAACAAUUGUUGAACGAGUCACCUAAAAUUAGUGGCGACGUUAUCAAUAAAGAGAUCGCCGCUCGUUUUAAUGAGAAGAGUAACGAGACUUCAUCGAAAAAAAAUGGGAAAAUUGAAAUUGAAGUUCCCAGCGUCCCUUACGGCGGAGAAUUCGCAGAAGACGAUCUUGUAAAACCUUCUAUGACGACGGAAGCUGUCACAGAUUUGAAAAAAUAUCCAUUUUAUAACAAUGAAAAUGUACCCAGCGCGUCCGCGUUAAAGUACGCCGUUGAUCCCAGGACAAUACCACGGAAGACCUCGCGCGGCAUGGAGUUCUACAAUUCUCGAAACGCUUAUAAACAGUGCGACGAGGUGGAGCCUAAUCUUGAAAAAGUGUUACCCGAGAAAGAGGAGCCCGAUCCUAAACGAGGUCCGCAGGAAGAUCUACCGCGUCUUCGUGGUCUCGGAAACAAAUUGGAUUGCUUUAAGGCCAAAUAUUUUGACGAGAAUCCCCUCGAUAAUCCAUUGUUCGCCGAGAAAUUGAUUGAAGAGCCGACUCCGCCAUCGGAAUUAAAUCCUACAAAGUUCGCCUCGAAGAUCAUGAUACUUCCCGAGCAGAACGAUGACUACAUUGUGCCUCAAGUUUCGAAGAAGCCGGAACGCAGCGGUCGCCAGUGGCGAAACAGAAACCGUCCCUAUGAGGCCCUUGAAUCAAUCCGCGUGAAUUACAAGCACGAUCCGCAAACCGGAAGAGGAAGGAACGCGUAUUUCCACACCGUACGUGGCAUGAGGCCGCCAUCCAGUACGAUGCGUAGAACGAAAAAUCGGAAACCUCGACCAAAGAUCUCCACCACUACGCCAUCGUCAACGUUGUAUCAAACCGUUUCCUAUCAAAAUCAGGUGUAUGAAGAUGUAAUGGGCAACAUCAGGAAUUCAAAGAACGCUUAUCAAGUCUAUGAGAUGACGACCUUGCCGCCGUCUGCGCAGAUCCUAGAGACUGCAGGCAGCGAAAAUAUGUUGAAAGUAGCGGACAAUAUAUCGAAAUCUUCAAAGGAAAAAAGUACGUCGAAGCCGGACGUUUCUGACGUCAUUGACGUUAUAAAUGACAUUAAAUCACCGGAGAUUAAAGGACUGAUACCUCCUCCGAAGUACCUCCAACGACAAAAUUAUAGAAAGUACAGACCUCUGGCUAAAAACAGAAUAUCUUUAAUAAGAACUACGACUCUUUCUCGACCUCCCUUCAUCACUCAUCGUACCAUCAAGAUAAAUAAGCGCAGCACGACAAACGAUACAAACAAUACUGCGAAGAAUUUCUCUGAAAGUACAAUUAAUGAGAAUAAAAAGAUUACAGUAAAUGCGAAGAAUUUCUCUAACAAUGUCAUUAACAAGAAUAAAAAUACUAUAGUUAAUGGAUCUAUAGAAGUCGAUGAUGUUGGAAAUAAUACAUCUGUAAAAUUGAUAGAAGAAACGAUAAGCAAAACAAAUGCGACAUCCGUACCAUUGGACUUGAAGAUUGAGGAGAGUAGGCCAAUUAGCACGCUGGAUCAAAGUUUGUUUACAACUCUGAAGAUUGAUGAUAAGAAAAAACGAAGAAAUUCCACGAGCAGUGACCUUAGAAGCGAACCUCAGAAAACCGUUUACACGAUCAAAGAUCGGAUUAGGUUUUCGAAGCCCAAGUGGGACACGAGAGGAUUCGGAAAGUUUACCACGAGCUCGAAGAUAGUGGAUGAAGAUGGCAGGCGAAAGGAGCCUCGGUAUAAACGUGUCGAAAGGAAGAAGAAGCCAUUUAGUGAUCAACAGAACAAUUAUGCGAUAAUCAAUUCAACAGAGAACACUUCAAGGAUCGAAAGUGCAACAUCAUUAAUAGAAGAUAGAGAAAGUAGCACAACCGAAGCUUAUUACGCAGAAGAAUCCGCUAUGCAACAAAAAAUUUAUCGUAAGAAAGAUGAAUAUCCAGAAUCAGGAAAGGUUAAGAACAUCAACACGGAAUCUGAAGAAAGUUUCUUCAGGGAAGACAAGGAGGAAAGUACGACUAACACAUAUCAAGUUCGCGAGAAUGUCGAUGAGGAUAUUUCCACGACCACGACGGAUCCUCAGAGUUCAAAAGAAGUUUCGGAUUUGCGAGAGUACUUGGAGUCUGAUCCACCAGAAUACGCGGAAAUAUUUCCCGAGGAAGCGACAACACCAUUAAGUAAAUAUAGUGCAAACACGAAUUAUGAAUCUGAGGACAGCGAAGAAAAGCAGGAAGAAGAGACUGAUUAUCCUGGAAAUGUGGCAAAUGAUGAUAAUGAGUCUUCCGAGAAAAUUGAGGAACAAGUCGAAACACCGAUGAAAACGGAAUUAUUCGGAGAAGAUGACGAUUACGAGGAACUUUCGUCAAAGGAAGAGGAAGGUUCGAAUAAGGACCAAACAUUCUUUGCAUAUACAAAGAAACCAUUAGUUAAAAGCAAUAAGGACGAUGAAUUCUCCGAGAAGACGACCUAUAAACCUUUUCCAUUUUCGAGGUACAAGUCAAAAAUUAACAAAGAAAACGAGGAAAACGAUCCUGAAGAGGAGAGAGAGGAGGAGAGCGAAGAUUACGUGUUUCCUUGGCACUCUGAUAAAAAAAUUAAAGAAGAAAAAUACAAAUGGCUGCACAAUGCUGACAGAUACGAAUAUCCUUGGGAAAGGAGAGAUAGAUUAGCGAGGGAACAAAAAAAACAGAAAUUAGCCAGGAUGCGGUUUUUCGAUGAUGAGGACGAGGAAGCAUCCACGAGACUGGAAAGACCAAUUUUUCCUUGGGAAAGACAUACUUAUCCUUGGGAGAAGUAUAACGUUCCAACUAAAAAUCGCAAUAUGAAUAUUAGACGCGAUAUCUCGCGCAGAUAUAUAGACGACAACGAAGAAUCCAACACCGAGCACAUGCCGUUUAUGAAAUAUAGCAGCAGAUACAGUUCCAAUGCACCGUCGAAUUUUUCUAGCGCGCGCGAAAUCAGCAGAUCCAUUAAAAAAAUUCUGGAAGAUGAUGAAUCUGAAGAAAAAACUUCGAAGGAAAAGAUUGAAAAUUCCUCUUCGUUUGCGCGGAAAUUACCAUCUCCCUCAAAUAGAGGGAUCUCUAGAGGAACGCUUGUACCCGAAGACAUUACGCAGCCGCCGAAAAGAAAGAAUGCAAGAAGAAAACUCUCUCAAGUUGGCAAGAAUAAUUCGAAUAAUUCGCGCUUUGAUUCGAGAAAAUUGAGGAGCGAGGACGUUAUUAAUAAAGAAAAAGAAGAACAGCCUAUGGAAUAUUUGAAAUUAAACAGAAGUAAUUCAGAUGAGGCAGAAUCGUCGACAGAAAUAAUAAGCAGCCAGUCGAGUAAAUUAUCUAAUGGAACGAAGGAAGUUCUUUCUACGACUGGACAACAGAAGAAACGUCGACGAAGAAUAUUGAAGAACAACUCUACGAUUUCUCUCGAUAAUACACCUGCUGAAUCUGUUACUGAAUCCAUUAAUAAAAGGCGCAGGAAACCUGUGGCUUCGACAACAACGUCAACUACGCCUUCGGCAAGUAUCAAUUUUGCCACGAAAAAAUCAGUUCCUACACCUGUUCAAAGAAAAUAUUCAAAGAAAAAGAAAAUAGAUAUAUCGGAUUUUUCUAAAAAAAUUGAAGCUGCUAAAAUAAUUGCUACGCCAGAAACAAUCAAGACUGAUGAUUUUCAGAUAGAAACUUCGACUCCAAAAAUACGGACGAUCGAGCAUCUAUCGAGAGGUUCAAAGGAAAAGAUCGUUACGAAGACCGCUUAUCCAGAAACAGAGAAUGAAUUCGAUUCUAUAAAGACGAAUGUAACGUCCGCUCAAAAAAACCCGGUGAGGUUGAGAAUCAAAUCGAAACGCAAAAAAAAUGAUAAUAAACAGAAUGGUAAUAAUGAAGAUUCAGAUAAUAAAAAAGAAUUAAUAAAAGAAGAUAAGAAAGAUAAGAAGGAAGAUAAAAAAGAAGAUUAUAAAGUUAAGUUUGCUAAUGAAGGUGAAACUGAAAAAUCAGUGAUGUUAGAUAAGUCUCAAGAAAAAAGUAGAGAUAACGCUUUUAAACAUUUUGGAAUGAAGAAGGAGGAAGUUAAGAAGAUAAAUGAUUUUGGGACUUACGAUGGGAUUGUUAACGAGGAGAAUAACAACGGUGACUCUGGAAUAACGUCAGAAAUCUACCCAAUAUACAAUCUAAUGCAGAACAUUCAACCAAAUCACGAAAGAAAUCAAGCCAAUGAAAAAACUAAGAGUGAAUCGAGUAGGAUAACUGAAAACUGGAAAGCUCGAAAUGACGACAAAGAAGAAAAAGAAGAUAAAGGACAAAAACAGAAACCGUUACUACAAGCCAAGUUUAUAAAGGAUCCGGAACGCAGGAUGUAUUAUUACGUAGAGCGUAAAUAAUUCGAGCCAACGUAUUUUACGUUUAAUUAAAACAUUUCUUAU